UAUUUGAGCAUGAAUGCAAAUUAACUUCAUAUUGGGUGCUCGUGUCAUGCGCGAUUUGCUCGAUCGGAAAAGCCAGUUUAUCGAGCGUUAUAGUAUUCGCGUGCCGGCGUCGUUUCGGCAUGCAUUAUGAUCGGCUUAUUGAAGUGCCUCGGCUGCCAACAACCGUCAAUGUCGAUUGGUGGAGGCGCCGCCGCCACCCCCAUAUCACCGUGGGGGGCGCGACGUGCAGGUCAAUUGGCUAUCGAAUCAAUUUAUUGCCGCACAAUACAACGCCAACUGUGUGUAGCGAAACCACCACCGAGAUGGCAACCGGCACGGACGUCGACGUCACCGUCACGGAGGCAAAGGCACAACUCAACUUCAGCAUCGCGCGAAUUAUGGAACCUGACGCAAAGACAACCAAACGCAAACUGGAUAAUAACAAUAAAUUCGAUCAUCUUGGCUUGCCGUAUCAGAAUCUCGAAUCGGCGUUCAAGAAAUACGUGCCGUCGUCGAUGCUGCGUGGUCCGGAGUUCCUGCAAUACCCGCUGGUGUACUACCCCAGCCAGCUGAUGUGUGUCGCGACUACAUCGGUGUCGGUGUACAGUAUGUCCCCGGAGGAUGCCGCCUCCUCGGCCGCUCCCUUUAGUAAGAUCGCUGCUCAGGCGAAAAGCGCGGUCGAGACACGUAUCGAUCCGCGGAGCGACGCGCCUGCUGUUAGCCCGGCCGCCGCCGGUGCCGCCUCCGCCCCCACGACCACCUCCAGCCCGCCGGCGGCCAAUCAGAGCAAACAAAAGAGCUUCGAGUGCGGCGAAUGCGGCAAGGUGUUCAACGCGCACUACAAUCUCACGAGGCAUAUGCCGGUGCACACCGGCGCCAGGCCCUUCGUCUGCAAGAUCUGCGGCAAAGGCUUCCGGCAGGCAUCGACACUCUGCAGGCAUAAGAUCAUCCACACGUCGGAGAAGCCGCACAAGUGCCACGUGUGCGGGAAGGCGUUCAAUCGCUCAUCGACGUUGAACACGCACGCGCGGAUUCACGCCGGGUACAAGCCCUUCGUCUGCGAGUACUGCGGGAAAGGCUUCCACCAGAAAGGCAACUACAAGAAUCACAAAUUGACCCACAGUGGAGAAAAAGCGUAUAAAUGCACGAUUUGCUCCAAAGCAUUUCAUCAAGUUUAUAAUCUUACUUUCCAUAUGCAUACACACAAUGAUAAGAAACCCUUUACGUGCCAGGUGUGCGGUAAAGGUUUCUGUCGUAACUUUGACCUUAAAAAACACAUGCGUAAACUGCAUGAGACAACAAUGGGUGACAUCCCCGGCGAGCGUGAUUACCUCCCGAAUAUGUAUCAUCAUCACCACGGGGGCAGAGAUCGUGAUUCUUUACAUUUCAUUAGUCCGUUUCUUUUACCACCGCCGCCGCCAGCACAAUCUUCACGUCCGCCUGUGUCAAUCUACAGCAGUGGGAAGUUAUUAUGACCGGUCCUACCUUACUAAAGAACAAUCUUCGUGUAAAUAUCAAGUAUGAACAUUCCGCACUGAAUGAUUAAGUGUUAAAGUGUAAGUCAAUGGCCGCUUUGUGAAUCUGUGUUAUCAAAGUAAAUCUAAGUGUACAAAGUCUUAAACGUGCAAUACAUAUAAUAAUUAUAUAAAUGAAAAGAGAUGACUUGCUGAUUUAUGCAAAUAUUGUACAAAAUGGCCGUGAAAAUGUGUUUCUUCGGUUUUUGAUCUCAAACCUAUGGAUUUUUGGAUUUCUAGGUUACGAAAUGAAAUGAAAUGAAAUGCUGUACUAUAUUCGACUACUAUUAUUAGUUAAAUAAAUGUUAUUUGACAGAUAA